GGCGGUGAUUGGCCGGGCCGGGCGAUGGCGGCAAUGGCGGCGAUGGCGGCGGGCGGCGGUGACUUCUCGGACCUGCGGGAGAUUAAGAAGCAGCUGCUGAGCGUGGCGGAGCGGAGCCGCGAGCGCGGGCUGCAGCACAGCGGGAAGUGGGCUGCUGAGCUGGCCUUCGCCCUGGAGCCGCUGCCACUGAGCGAGCUGCCGCCUCCGCCCGUGCUCACCGAGGAGGAUGCUCGUGAUCUGGAUGCCUACACAUUGGCCAAGUCUUACUUUGAUCUCAAGGAAUAUGACAGGGCUGCCUACUUUCUACAGGGCUGCAAGAGCCAGAAAGCUUACUUCUUGUACAUGUACUCCAGAUACCUGUCAGGGGAAAAGAAAAAGGAUGAUGAGACAGUUGACAGUUUGGGACCUCUGGAAAAAGGACAGGUGAAAAAUGAAGCUCUACGAGAAUUGAGAGUUGAACUCAGCAAGAAACACAAAGCACAGGAACUGGAUGGAUUUGGCCUUUAUCUAUAUGGUGUUGUGCUGCGGAAACUGGACCUGGUGAAAGAAGCAAUAGAUGUAUUUGUUGAAGCUGCUCAUGUCCUGCCUUUGCACUGGGGAGCCUGGCUGGAACUUUGCAACUUGAUUACGGAUAAAGAGAUGCUGAAGUUCCUGUCCUUGCCAGAUACAUGGAUGAAAGAGUUCUUUCUUGCACACAUUUAUACAGAACUGCAGCUGAUAGAGGAAGCUCUGCAGAAGUAUCAGUCUCUCAUUGAUGCAGGAUUUUCCAAAAGCACUUAUAUCAUCUCUCAGAUUGCAGUUGCCUACCACAAUAUAAGAGAUAUUGACAAAGCUUUAUCCAUUUUUAAUGAGCUGAGGAAACAAGAUCCUUACAGGAUAGAAAACAUGGACACUUUCUCCAACUUACUGUAUGUAAGGAGCAUGAAGCCUGAGUUGAGCUACUUGGCUCAUAAUCUCUGUGAGAUAGACAAGUACCGUGUUGAGACCUGCUGUGUAAUUGGAAAUUAUUAUAGCUUGCGUUCCCAGCAUGAAAAAGCAGCACUCUAUUUCCAGAGGGCUUUGAAACUGAAUCCUCGUUAUCUAGGAGCCUGGACACUAAUGGGACAUGAGUAUAUGGAAAUGAAGAACACAUCUGCAGCUAUCCAGGCUUAUAGGCAUGCAAUAGAAGUGAACAAAAGGGACUACAGAGCAUGGUAUGGCUUGGGACAAACCUAUGAAAUCCUCAAAAUGCCAUUUUACUGUCUCUACUACUACCGACGGGCCCACCAGCUCAGACCAAAUGAUUCUCGUAUGCUGGUUGCUCUAGGAGAAUGCUAUGAGAAACUCAAUCAGUUGGUGGAAGCUAAGAAGUGCUAUUGGAGAGCUUAUGCUGUGGGAGAUGUGGAGAAAAUGGCACUUGUGAAACUCGCCAAGUUGCAUGAACAGCUGAAUGAAUCUGAACAGGCAGCUCAAUGCUACAUCAAAUACAUCCAGGAUAUCUAUUCCUGUGGGGAGGUAGUGGAGCACCUGGAGGUCAGCACUGCAUUUCGUUACCUGGCCCAGUACUACUUCAAAUGUAAGCUUUGGGAUGAAGCUUCAGCAUGUGCUCAGAAAUGCUGUGCCUUCAAUGAUACUAGAGAAGAAGGAAAGGCCCUGCUGCGCCAGAUCUUACAGCUUCGCAACCAAGGAGAAACAUCAUCCACAGAUGUUGCUGCUCCCUUUUUCCUUCCUGCAUCCUUGUCAGCCAACAAUACUCCCACACGUCGUGUCUCCCCUCUCAAUCUGUCUUCUGUAACACCAUGAACAAUUCUGAUACUUCUAACUUGUGCAUUGGAUGUGACAUUGCAGAUGGGACAUGCAACCACUUACUUCUUUCUAGGGAAAUUCCUCCUUUUGUUGUUUCCUUCACAUGAAGGGAAGGAGUUAGCAGAGUCCACAGCUGAAGACAGAUGGGUCUCAACAGGGAGAGGGGAGCCUGAUGUGAAAGUGCUGCAAUGUGAGAACCUGCUCUGCUUCUCACCAAGUCAUUCCAGUCAGAGGGCAGACAUAUCCCAGUACACAGGACUACUCCUAAGGGAGGCAUUGGGAAGAGCUUGUCUGCUUGAGUUAAAAUACAUUUUAAGUUUGAUUCUGCCAAGUUACCUCUGGUCUUUACUGCACUUCUUUGGAGGACCUCUUAGUCGUAUCACUGCUGUAAUAAUCAGAAACUGUUACCUACCUGUCUACAUAAUGACUUUUGCUUGUCUUGAACUACACAGGAGACAUUUUACUAAAGCAGCAGAAUAGGUACUUAGGUCCCAUGGGUAUGUUAAAGGAUUGGCAAAUGUCAGGGGAAUUCCAAGUAGCUACAGGUGACAGCUGUCCGAGUUAUCACUGUAGGUCUGAUGGAUAGUUCUGGCUUUCAGUAGAAAAGCAGUUGGGAUAGCACAAUUAAAAAAUAAUGAAAUUACAGUUCUUGGGCUUCUUUAUGGUGCAGCUUCCAUGUGUACUGUAGCAAUGGAAUCAAUUGAACUAUAAUGGAUAAUUUUGUUAAGGAGACAAGAAGAUAAUUAUGCCUUUGUUUCAGAAUUGGUGUUCUUGUUCACCCCUAUAAAUUUACAGCCACAUCA